UAAAAAAAUAAUCAAUUUUAUGAACUUUGCAAAAAUGCAAAAUUAACUUGUGUGAGUUAAUUGAUUUUUCGUGACUUGUUCAAAAAGAAAAGCGCUUAUUCUUCUUUUCCUGCUUAGGAUCAACAGCACCAUUCUCAACCUCUAGAACACACACUCACACUCUUUUCUCUCUUCUCGCCUCUUCAAUCGACGCUACCUACCGUCUUCCCCUCUUCUGAUCAAAAUGUCUCGAAGAUAUGAUAGCCGUACAACAAUAUUCUCACCCGAAGGACGCCUUUAUCAAGUGGAGUAUGCAAUGGAAGCUAUUGGAAAUGCUGGCACUGCAAUAGGAAUCUUGUCAAAAGAUGGAGUUGUUCUGGUUGGCGAGAAGAAGGUGACAUCCAAGCUGCUUCAAACCUCAACUUCAACUGAGAAAAUGUACAAGAUCGAUGAUCAUGUUGCAUGUGCUGUUGCCGGGAUUAUGUCCGACGCCAACAUCCUAAUCAAUACCGCUAGGAUCCAAGCACAGCGUUACUCAUUUGCGUACCAAGAGCCUAUGCCUGUUGAGCAGUUGGUUCAAUCUCUCUGUGAUACGAAGCAGGGUUACACACAAUUUGGUGGUCUCCGUCCUUUUGGAGUUUCUUUCCUGUUUGCAGGUUGGGACAAAAAUUUCGGCUUUCAACUUUACAUGAGUGAUCCUAGUGGAAAUUACGGCGGUUGGAAAGCAGGUGCUAUUGGUGCCAACAAUCAGGCAGCACAGUCAAUUCUAAAACAGGACUACAAGGAUGAUAUCACAAGGGAAGAAGCGGUUCAACUUGCAUUGAAGGUACUGAGUAAAACUAUGGACACCACUAGUCUUACCUCAGAUAAGCUUGAACUUGCGGAAGUUUUUCUUGCACCCUCUGGAAAAGUCAAGUAUCAAGUUUGCUCCCCAGAGAAUUUGACUAAGCUGUUGGUGAAAUCCGGGGUGACCCAACCCGCAACAGACACUGCUUAGCUUUCUAUUCCAUGUCACGGGUACCCUAUGGUUUACCGGAUCAUCCGAGUUUGAUUCUACUAGUAAUGGAGACCAGUAAUUCUCAAUGGUUGCAUUGUAUUCCUUCAUUAAAGGUGGUGACUUAUAAGUUUGUAUAAUUUAUAAUCAAAGACAACAUGAAUAAUUAUAUUUCUAAUGCUUGUUAGGAGGUUGAAGACUUACUUUGACUUUGAAAAUGUUUAGUGAACCAUUGGCAAUGGAUUGCAUGGAUUUGAGAGA